GACCGCGCUGCAUCGGCACCCCACCUCCUCACCCCCGGCCGCGGGGACAGACAGCCCAGGGUCCGCGAGUGUGGAACCAGUCAGCGUGGAAUCCGGAUGCUGGGACAGAAGACGGGCCCGCUACAUUGGAAUCCAUGAUUCAGAUACAAAUAUUUGUCAGAAAAAUACUGAACUGUGUUUACAUAAAAGAAGUUCAAGAUUAAAGCGGGAUGAAGACAAUACGUUCCCCAGCUCACCAGAUACAUCAUCACAAGCCUUCAAAGAACAAGUCAUUGGUGUAGAAGGAGAAAUUGUUCCAGUUUUCUUCCAUGUUUACUCAGUCGGCCAGACUCUUCAGUGCCUAACAAGGGAUCUCUUAUCUCAAAGCCUCGUGGAUCCAAAGUUUAAGUGGAUUGGCCCAAAUGGACUAAUUACUAAAGAAUCUCAAAGAUUUGUCAUCACAAACAAUGGAAACUUGUUGUUUGAUACCAUUUAUGUAGUUGAUUCCGGAAAUUAUACCUGCAACCUUACAUACAGACUAGAUCUGAAACAAGAAACAAGAUUGGUCAGAUAUACAGUCUAUGUGUAUCACAAUCCAAAAAAAAGUGUCCGCCUGGAAGCAGAUUUCUACACAAAUAAGUGUAAUAACAACGAGAUUACUAAGUUUGAGAAACAAUUGCAGAAGCAGUUAGAAGAUGCUGUCCAGGACUUGCAGUGUGAGGUGCACCACUGGAAUUCUGCCUGCCACAGUAUCAAGCCCUCAAAAACACCAAUGAGCCAUAUAUUUAAUUUUCAAUUCAUUGUGUUUCCAUUUGCACUUGGCUGGGCUGAUCAGUGCAAUGAUACAUAUUGUGACCAACAGUCUGAAGACCGUGUGAAAAAGGCAUACAUGCGAAUCAAGUCUUUCAUUGAGGACUACUAUCCUUUUAAAAGAAAGUUCCAAAAUAUUGACUACAUUGCCAACUCUCUAAAUGGUGUGAAAGUAGAUCACUGCAAACCAGGAUUUGGCAAAAAUAUCAUAACGAGUAUUCACUGUGAAGGGUGCUGUGUAGCAUGUCCACCUGGACACUUCAGUGCAAGACAAGACACAAUCUGCACUCCCUGCGCCUUUGGUUCAUUUAAUCGACAUUAUGGAAAGACUGAAUGCACAAACUGCCCACAUGAUGAAGCUACCAAUAGAAGUGGUGCAACCUCUCAACAGGAAUGUCAUUGGAUUAUAUACCCAUGGAUAUUACCUGUGGCCUCUUCAAUAGGAACCUGCAUCUUAUUUAUAACCAUUUUUAUAUUAUGCCGGAAGUAUCGUAAGGCACGAAUGAAGGGAAAAUAUGUUCAGGUGAAAGAUGAAGAGGUAAAAGAAGAGGUGAAAUCACUGGCAAAUAUUAUUAAAAGUGUUGAUCUACUGGAACAGAAAAGCAAAUUAAGGCCAUCUGAAUUUAUUGUUAGGCACUCACCAGAACAUCGAGUGGGAUUUUCAGAUGAUCAAUGCAUUGACUUACUUAGUGAUACCGACACUGAAACAGGAAAGACUUUUGACUCUUUAUUGUCUGAUGAAACUACAUGCCUGGAAACCAGUGUGGAGGAAUGCAGAUCUAUAUACACAUCUGAUGAUUCUUGCUUUAUGUCAAGAAGUUCAACUCCGCAAAAACUAGAAGCAGUCUUCAGGCAUGGAAGGUAGUAGUGUUCAUGGAUUUUGUGCCAAAAUCUGUAUAGAUGUGGUCCCACAUAGAUAAUCUGUGGUUUGCAGACCCUGUUGCACAUUGUUCUUUGAGUGUAUACUGUAGAUAAUGCUAAAAGAAAAAUCUAAGACUGAAAGUCGUAUCAUCUUAAAGUAUUUAUUUAAAUGCUUAAUUCAUCAACAUGAAAAAAAAAUGUUUAAAUUAUAUACUUAUGGAAAUAUAAAGAAGGGAAUAAAGUUCAUAUAUUCUGAUAUAGCAAAGGUUGUUUUUCUUACUGUAAUAACGUUAUUUUUGAUGAGAUAUCCCAAUUGCUUCAUUUGUAUUGGUUAAUGUAUUGACAGUUCAACAGAGUCUUCCAGAGAUUAAUAUAUGAGAUUGAGCAUUCUCAGGAACUUUAAGGGUUGCUCAUUAGAUUUUGAGUUUGAAAUGAUUAGUCUAUGUUGCAUUAUGGUAAGGGUUUAGAAUUACAUAUCUUUUGCAGACAAAAAUAUAUUUUUUGAAAAUAAUGGAAGCAUAAUGGUGUGAUACUAUGAUAAAAGAUUCAAAUGUGUUUAUGAUAUCAGUCCUUUCAAUAUCCUAGGCAAAGUUAAAUUAUACUUUUCAGCCAUAUUUUUCUACAUAUACUUUUAUGAUUUUUUUGGCAGUUAAAUUUAAUAGGGAGGUAAACAAAAUUCUUAUUCUUAAAAUAUGUAAAUAUGAUAGAAAUAUUGUGUAUAUUAUAGGAAUGACUGUGCCAGAUAAUGGCAAUUUACUGAUUUCUGCUUGAAAAGUUUGGCAUUUCCAGACAAGGGGUGUGUGUGUGUGUGCGCGCAUGCAUGUGUGUGUUAUGACAAGGACAAACCAUUAUUCCUUACCAUAAUCAUAAUUAAAAUUUCUGGAUCCCCUAUUCUUAAAGCAUAACUUUUGUUUUUUGUUAGAUACAACUAUACGAUAAUAUACUUUGUCCUGUUAUAACAUUGGUACCAAUUAUUUCAUUGGUCAUAACAUGUUUUAUCUAUGUUAAUCAUUCAAUAAUAGAUGGUUAAUACAAAUGCAAUACAUUAUUCUAUCUCAUCUUCCAAGAGAUCGCGCCACCAUCCUCUCUCUGAGCCUAUCAUAAACCCCUAUUUAUUGCAACGUAUCUAUGCUACUAGCGGUAGGGGGCGCAGGUGGUCUACUGUAAUUUGCUGCUGAGAAAACAAGCUUUCUUAUUUCAUCUGUGAGACCAAGCGUAGGCUUGGCGAUCGCUUCACCGAACACCACUGCUCGGUCCGCAAUAACCAACCUGAUCUCUCCGUGGCUCAGCACUUCAACUCCCCCUCCUAUUCCGAAUCCGACCUUUCUGUCCUGUGCCUCCUCCAUGGCCAUAGUGAGGACCACUGUAAAUUGGAGGAGCAGCACCUCAUAUUUUGCUUGGGCAGUUUAUACCCCAGCGGCAUGAACAUUGACUUGUCCAAUUUCAGGUAGCCCUAAAUGUCUCCUCCCCCUCUCAGCUCUC